AAAAAAAAAACUGAAGCACUUUAAAAAAUUUAAGAAAUACUACAAAUCAAUUGAUGAUCCCUAUUUCGAAGGGACACAAAUACGUUCCUGCUUAGGCAGCCCUCCGUUCAACGAAGGAAGCCGAAGAGAACGACCGCUUAGUUUCGGCUUAGAAACGUGAAGCAUCGUGGUGUCUUUCCGUUUUAAACAGUGAACUGUGUUAGUGAUUUAAGAACGUUACGAUAUGAAUGGAUAGAAAAAAGAAAUCAACAUUGUUGGGACUAUUUAAACGUUUAUUAUAUUUCUAAUCAAAUGGUAAGAUUAUUACAUUACUCUGAAAUUGUAAUUAUUAUUAUGAUAUCGGUGUGUUAUUCAUUUUUUUUAAGCGUAGAUUUUUCGUUUCUUUUUUUUUUCUUUCUCUUUUUUUUCAUUAACUUUUUUUUUUUUUUUUUUUUUUUUCUUUUAACAUUCCAUAAAGUUUAAAAUUACAUUGGCAUGUAAGUUAGACAGUUGCGCGUAAUACUUUGUACGCAGACAAAAGAGACAAAUUUAUGCGAGAAAGAGAAUCCGAAAUACACACGCAUAUAUAUAUAUAUAUAUAUAUAUAUAUAUAUCUACGCUUUUGUAUUGUGUGUUUAUAUAUAUACAUAUAUCUCUCAAUUUUUCAGACACAUGUAUUACUAUAGUAACUUUGAUCUCCUUCUAGUCUUCUUGGUUAGAUUACGUAACACGAAUGGCGCAGGCGCGAGGGCUCCGAAGAAUUUUUCAUCGAUAAGGCCCCUGGUCCUUCGCGUCGGAAGGGGGGUCUGUCGAUGUGUCUCAUCGCGAGUGAGGAAACGUUAAAUUGUGUCUAGAGAAGACUCAUCGGCAUGGCGGAUCGACGUAGGAUCUUCAUACGAAGUAUUCGUAAAUAAUAACGAUGCCACGAGUAAGAAGACAGGUCGUUCUGGAGGAUCCGGCCAGGCCUGUAACGCCGGAUAUGAUGGAAACAAAGUUGUUGAAAACGGAAUAUUUGGACGAUGGUUCGUUAGAUGAGAUACAGUCGCAAAAGGUAGCUGAGGAAACGCCGAGUCCUCAUCUGCAGGAUCAUCAAUAUGGACAAACUCCUUGCUAUCAAGUGUCCAGGAAGCCAACUCAACCACCGCCUAGAACCGAGAUAUCGGUACAGGCGGUUAAAAGAAGACUGAAUUUGGAGGUUGGUACGACAGGAGCUAGUCAUUCUACGUUCAAAGCACCUAGAGGUAAACGUAGAAGAUCUGGAUCAAAUUCUAUUGCCGGUCAUACGCCUACGAAAAGUAAAACCGUCGAGAGAACACGUUACGACACAUCGUUGAGUUUACUUACGAAAAAGUUCAUACACUUGGUCGAAAGUAGUCAAGACGGUGUCGUCGAUUUGAACGUAGCAUCUGAAAAGUUGGAGGUACAAAAGCGUCGUAUAUAUGAUAUCACGAAUGUAUUAGAAGGCAUUGGAAUAUUAGAGAAGAAAAGUAAAAACAAUAUACAAUGGAAGGGUGGUCAGCUACCCAACGACAGGAACGAUAUUGCUACGCUAAGGAAAGAAUUAGCGGACUUGGAAGCUAAAGAGAAUACCCUAGAUCGAUUAAUACAUGGUGCUGAUAAAAAUCUUAGGGAACUCUGUGCGGAUAGGCAAUAUGCUUACGUAACUUAUCAUGAUUUACGUUCAGUACCAAUGUACAAAGACCAAGCGAUAAUGGCGGUUAAGGCACCACCAGAAGCUACACUUCAUGUCCCUCAACCUAUUAACAGUCUCGGUCAACAAAAGCUACAAAUGCACAUGAGGUCGUCACACGGAGAAAUCGAAGUAUUUCUAUGCCCAGACGAUCCAACUGUUAAAUCUCCUACUCCUGGGUAUGCGACGACACCGACACCAACACCGACACCGACACCAACACCAACACCAACACCAACACCUACACCAACACCACCAACAACGACGACGACGACGACGCGAUCCGUGCCUUCUGUAAAAGAAUCGGAAGUACCUUAUCUCCCUCCGGAACUUUUAGUCAACGGAGUUACCGAAGUUCGUGUCAAACAAGAACCUAAUCCGGAAGUUAGUGUUCUAAAUAGUUGUACGAGUAUGCCGUCUACUUCGAACGAGGUUACAACCAGUAUAGCGGGUAUGAGGGACGCAUUACUCUGCGAAUCGGAUGAUUAUGGACCAAUGGGCGGUGGCAAGUUCCAGUUACAAACAGAGGACCAAAUUGACGCUACAGAUUUAAGCAUUCUCGAUUUUGGAGAACACCUGCUAUCCUUGGAGCCACCAUUAUCUGAAAGUGACUACUCGUUCUCGUUAGGCACAGAAGAGGGUCUAUCGGAUCUCUUCGAUUACACGUUCUAGAAACGUCAUCAUCGCUAUCAUCAUCAUCAUCACCAUCGUUGUCAUCAUCAUCAUCAUCAUCAUCAUCAUCAUCAUCAUCAUCAUCAUCAUCAUCGCUAUCACGAAGGCACUCUUGUCUUUUUGGACUAUCAUUAUGAGUUCGCCUCCAUGAUAAACGAUUCGACGAAGAUGCUUUUCGAUUUAGUUUACAAUGCGCCUUCGAAACUAACGAUUAGUAUAAUUUUUUGUUGUCGCUGUUUCGUUACACAUACAACAAACGUUCUCGUCUCGUUUUCGAAUAUUAUCGUGGGAUAAUUCUUUUAAAUCCGAUAUUAGUAUAUUUCUAAUAAUGUUUUUCAAUCAAUAUCCGCACGUAUUCACGAAUGAUUUCAAGAAGCAUGAAAUGAAUAAUAAGAUAUUUCAAAAUAAAAACAAUAUAAUAAGGAAAAGAAUUAGAAAACAAUAUACAUGUACACAUAUAUAUACAUAUAUAUAUAUAUAUAUAUAUAUAUAUAUAUAUAUAUAUGUCUAUAUGUAUAUAUAUAAAACAAAAACGUUUCUUCAUUUCGUUUGUUUAUUCCGAAUGGUACAAUAUCAUACUGUUAAUUUUAAUGAGAAACAAAACGUGAACAAUCUCUAUAUUACAAAUAUUAAUUAACUUUUCAAGGCCUCGUAUUUCUUUUAAUAUUUUUCAUUUUCCUCCGCUGAUCACAUAAAAUUUCUCUUUUUUAUGUACGCUGAAACAAUAUGAUGGUGUUAUCCUUUUAAGAAAAAUUAUUAUCAUUAUCAUUAUUAUUAUUAUUAUUAUUAUUAUUAUUAUUAUUAUAAUUAUUAUUAUUAUUA